GCCACCUUUCAAGAAACCAAAAAUUUAUAUCCAAAAUCCAAUCCCAAGAACCAAAAAGCAAAUGGGGAAGAACACUGGUGCAAGUGACAAAGGCAAGGAAAAAGUUGAACAUGAUGAACAAGAUGGAUUGUCUGUUCAUUCUCCUUGUAAACCUGCCUCUUCUGCUCUUGAUCAUAAGGAGGAACAAUCGCAGGUCGAGUUGGAGAUAAGAUUGUUGGAGGCUCUUGAAGCUUAUCCCCCUGCCAAAUUGAAAGGCAUCCAUCGUCAUUUUGUCCUUUACGGCUUAACAGCACAUCUGCGUAGAAGCUUGAAUAGGCAAUUUUCUCCUGAUGAAGUUUUGAAGCUGCUGGAUCGCUUCUACAACUUGGAUAUGGUGAAACCAGAGGAUGAGGACGCUAAAAUCUUUAAUCGGGAGGUAGUGUUUUGCCUACCGCACAGUUAUUUCUCAACAGAGAAACCUUGA